AUGGCAUCCAAACAUUCCAGAGUCGAAAAUGGGAAGGAGUUUGCUGCUGAAGAGGAUAUCCCCGACAAUGUUGUAGCAUAUUUGGUUAAGUUGAUGGACCAAAUUCAGAACAUGAAAAAAGACAUGCGUGGGUUGAUGGAUAAGUUGAUGCUGGUUGAAGAGGUUGCUAAGGUCAACUCACAUAAUAAUGAAAUCGAGCUACAUGCAUUGCUUAGUCAUGCCGCAGGGGUUUCACACGUAAUUAUCAAGGAUGAUGAAGAUGUAGCAAGUAUUCUGCAAGAUGAGAGGGCAAUUGUUGUGUUUGUGACAGUUAAGGCACGAAAUGUAAACGAUAUUUCACAUGAACAUGUGGGUUCGUUGUCAUUCACAAACGACACUGUGAUGGUUAUGAGUGAUGACGAUGCAUCUGAUCAAAUUGAAUAUGAUGUUGAAGAGGAAGGUAUGGCUGAUUGGAACGAUGAGUUGCAUGAUGACUGUGAAGAUGAUUACACUGGCAAACAUGAUGACUGUAUAGAGGACGACAAGGGUGAGUACAAUGACAUUCUAGAUUGCAAUCAUACAGAUGGCAGUAUAGGACAUGCCACAACUGUUGUGUCAAAAGAGGUUCAAUGCGAUAACCAUGCCAUAACUAUUGAAGUAGAAGAUGUUGAGGGUGUCGACCCUAUUUAUGACAACCUCAUUGCACUUGAAAAUGGCAUUCGUUCUCUAGAUGACAAUGAUCAGUAG